AUGGUGGAGAACUCGGGUCUUGCUGAGCUAUAUCGGGGAGAGGACCCAGUCGUUGACAUCGUUGCUGUUCACGGGCUCAAUGGCCAUCGACUCAAGACGUGGACCACUAAGGAUACAAAUCGAUUCUGGCUCGGUGAUGCCGACCUGCUCCCUUCCCAUCUAAAGCGAUCUCGGAUCCUAACAUUCGGUUACGACGCUGCUGUCACUGCGUUGCUGGGAAAAACGUCUUCGGAUCGCAUAUUACAGCAUGCUCAGACACUGGUGGCGGAACUGGUUGCUGAUCGUGAGCUUGAAGAUGCGGCAGAGCGGCCCAUUAUAUUCAUCUGCCACUCACUAGGAGGGAUCAUCGUCAAACGGGCUCUUGCAUACUCCGCUAGUAGGACAAGCAAACUAGUCGCACAUCUCCAUUCCAUAUUCGUAUCCACCUUCGGCAUUCUCUUCUUGGGAACUCCACACAAUGGCAGCAGCAAAGCGAACCUUGCCUCAACGAGCCGCCGAAUGAUAAGCGCCCUGACGCCGUCCAAGGUGGUGGACUCUCAAGGCCAGCUUGUCGAUGCCUUGGCGGAGGGUUCGGAGAUUCUACAAAAUAUCACAGACAUGUUCGUACCGCUCAUGAAGAAUUUCCGGAUCUAUUUUUUCUGGGAGCAGCAGAAGACGGAUCUUGGGACUACUCUGGCCUAUAUUGUGGAAGAGAACUCAGCGGCGCCGAUUCUUGAUAACACCGAGAGAGCGGGACUUCCGUACGGACAUAGUGGCAUGGUGAAGUUCGAGAGUCGGAGCUCACCUGGGUAUAGGCUCGUUGUCGCAGCGUUGAUUCGAUAUUCGAAGGAAGCUCCAGAUUUGGUCUCGUCACGGUGGCUGCAUGCGACAGAAAUGCUCAAGACGAAACGGCAGAAUGAGGCAGCAGAACUAGUGAAUUGA